AUGUCGAGCAUCGAAGAACAGAUCAACGAUGAAUACCGCGUCGCACAUCUGCUGUGCGCAGCAAUCAAUUCGCAACUGGAGCUCGAGAAAGCCACGGAAAAAUUGAUUAAAAACGUGUAUAAAGAUUUAAGAAGAAUGGAAGCUGCUGGUUGCUCAAGUGAAGAUUGGAACGUAAUGUUUGACAUUGCGCAGCAAUUAGUUGAUACUUUUGGAAUGUUGACUGUUGAUGAGAGUCACAUAUCCACGAUUGAGGAGAGAGAGGCCGUUGUCGAAGUCGAGAAAGAAGUCAUAGAUGGAAAGCAGCCGGAGGAAGAUAUUGAAGAAUACCUCGAAGUAUUAUUGAAGGAGAUACAUCCCAAUUUGGAUCAGAUUAGGGCUGCUGCUAGCUUAGAGAAGCAGGAACUACACGAUGUAUUUGGUUUGGCAAAGCAAAUUCCCGAGUCUCUUAAGUUUACGUUUGACGGGAAAGUGAAAAAAGCAACUAUUGAGGAAAAGGAGGACGAUAGAGUAAAGAAGAAUAAAAAGAAGAAUAGGAAGGGGGGAACGAGAAAACAUAAGAGAAAUAGAGGAGCUUCAUGUCUCUCGAUGAAGAAGUGA